AUGCCGGCUCCGGAAGACCUGGGCCGAGAGAGGGUGGACCUGAUCGGCGACCGCUGGAUCCUCUGUGCCCCGGUCCUUGGCAACAACAGGCCCCGCAUUGGCUGGACCCAGCGAUGGCUUCCCGCAGUCGUUGUGGAGGUCACGGAUGAGUCAGAGGACCAGGACGUUCGCUGCCGGUGGGAGCUGCGCCAGUGGUACGACUGGGCGACCGGAGACCAGAUCGAGGUGACUACAGACCCCUUGUCGCUGGUGCAUGAAGCGGAAGCCCGCACGGUGCGGCGGCGGACUCCGCAUGCCUGGAACAUUCCAAAGACAAGCGACUGGAGCUCCAAUGUCUUGUACCCGCGGUGUGGAACCGAAAUGGCAGUUGGCGGUUGCGAGGUCGCCGUGUCUUUUAUUGUGUUCCAGUGGGGUGCCGCAAAGAUUGGGGUGCAGUACGACUCGCACUCUUGGGGCGCAUCUGAAGGCUCCACCGUGUCGAACCGAUUCAUUCAGAAGUUCUUCCAAGAUGCCGUCAUCCCCAAGUUUCAGUGCGACUACGAGGUUCUGACGGUCUUCAUCCAGCACAGCGAUGAGUUUGCGGGGAUCUCUCCUGAGUUCCUUGCCUCCCUUUGCCGCGGGCGUACGAUUUGUGCCCUCUACUUCCUGUGGCCCAUCCAGGGCUACCAAAGCUACGGCGAGAAGAUCCCCAUGCCGGCCGGCUACGUCACCGCGGACCCCUUCUUCCACCUGGUCUCCCGCAUGGAGGCAUCCGGGAUACCCACGAGGUGGCCGCACCCCGUGCAGCUUUGGAAGCUUCUGACCUCAAAGGACUGGAUCUCGCAGCUCUGCAGCUCCUGGCAGUUCCAGAUCCCGCUGACCACCCGGAUUUCGAAGGCACUGGUCUUACUGGACCCAGGGAAGGCCGCGCGGAGUGCACUUGCCGCCCUCCGGGUGUUGCAGCGGGCACGACAAGAGACCUGGAAGGCCACUCACUCGGAUUGGGGAGAUGGGGAAGCUGCGCUCGUUGUGAAGCUCGGCUACAGCUACGAGGCUGCGGACGUUCGAAUGGUCAAGGCCGAAGCAGCUCUGGCAGAGGCGAUGUAUUGCUUGGUAACGCAGCCAAACUACACCAAUGACUGCGUCUACGUACAGGAGCGCGUGCGCACGGUGCACCUUGAGGCCCGGUGCUUCGUUCUGAAUGGCGAAGUCGUGAAUGCGCUGUUCACGAGGUUUGCCAGGGUUGACUGCAACGGCUAUGUCCGAGACUACGAGAAGAGCUCAAGCAGCAAGGCGCAGGAAGACUGGCUCUUCGACGACGCCGCUGCGUUCGAGGAUGCCAGGUCGCAGAUGAAGCGCCUCUGCCACCUCUGGCAUUUGUGGCUCCUGGCGCAGUCCGCUGAGCCCACGGUCUCGGUUCGAAUCGACUUCCUGGUGGAGCGCGUGGCGCCUGGCAAGGCAGAGGUUUGGACUUGUGAGGUCGGGGAGCAGGGGUACAGCAUGGAAGGCAUUGACCCAGCCAUGGUCUUCAAGGCUGUAGUUGACACCGUGUGA